CAGAAGCUCGUUUGGGUGGUCCUCCGAUUUAGGCUACUCAGUCUGCUGUGUUGGAGAGCUCCCCUUGAUCCGGAGCCUACUUUUGUGAUGCCUCCGAAGAAGGCAACGGCGGCCCAGAAGGGCAAGGCGAAGGUGGGAGAGACCAGUCAGGCACAACGGGCUACUCGGGCUCGUAUUUAUGAUUUGCCUGAGGUUACACCUCAUUCUGAGGGGUCUGCUACACCCCCAUUAGUACGGCCUGGAGCGGGACCCUCAGCAGCUCCAGAGGUCCAUGUACCCGCUCCUGAGACUCCAGCUUCUCAGCCAGGGGCGGAGGAUAGGACCCUGAGGGAGGCCGUACAGUUGUUGACCACGAUUGUAGCCGGCCAGGCUCGCAGACGCGGGCGGAGGAACGAUGAUGAUGAGGACAGGCGGGAAAGCCUGAGAGUUCGGGAGUUCUUGUUAUGCGGCCCUCCAGAGUUUUUCGGGUCUAAGCCCGACGAGGACCCCCAUGACUUCAUUCGGGGGAUGCGGCGUGCAUUAGACUUGGUCAGGGCGUCAGAGACCGAGUCGGUUGAGCUAGCUUCGCAUAGACUUCGGGAUGUUGCCGCGCAUUGGUAUGAGACUUGGGAGCUAUCCCGGGGUGAGGGCGCUCCUCCAGCUAUGUGGGAUCAGUUUGUGACUGCUUUCACCCGCCACUUUCUGCCCCCAGAGUUACGACGGGAGCGAGCUGAUCGGUUUUUGCAUCUGCAGCAGAGGGGUCGGAGCGUCCGUGAAUAUAAUUUGGAGUUUGAUUCCCUGGCCCGGUAUGCCCCUGCCGUGGUGGCAGAUAUGACAGAUCGGAUGCAUAGAUAUGUUAUGGGGCUAGAUCGUUACUUGAUUGACGGUUGUAUGGCGGUGUCAUUGCAGACAGAUAUGGACAUUGCCCGUCUACAGGCCUACGCCCAGGGGAUGGAGAACCGGCACCGAGCAGAUCGACCCAGUAGAGAGUAUGAUGGGAGACGGCCCAAGAGGGCCAGAUCAGCAGGGUAUUCUGGAGAUUCCCGGGGCGGGCAGCCUCAGUAUCAGUCCGGUGGGUACUUUCCUCCGUCAGGCCGGGUCACACAGUUUGCGGGUAAGAGGUUUGAUGGAGCGGGACCGUCCAGGGCAGACCAGAGUUCCAGAGCCCCAGGUCCUCAGGCGAGCAGGGGUCCCAGUCAGUCUAGGCCACCCAUACCCCAGUGUUCGUAUUGUGGAAGAUCGCACCCAGGUGAGUGCUUCAGGGCCACGGGGGCCUGUUUUGCUUGCGGCCGCCAGGGCCAUAUCAUGCGGGAUUGCCCGUGGGCAGGUGGUUCCGGUAGCGCAGCACCGCCGAUGAGGUCCGCUGCUGGUUCGUCAUCUACACCUUCAGCCACGCGCUCUACGGGGCGAGGUAUGCCAGCACCAGCGGGCCGCGGUAGAGGCCGUGGUGGGGGUUCAGAUUCUAGCGGUCCCUCGAACCGCAUCUAUGCUUUGACUGGUCGUCGGGACCCAGAGGCACCCCCAGACACAGACCCAGGUAUACUACUACCCCCUUCUCUGAAUAAAUAUGUGCAAUGAUAGGUUUGUACCUCAGUAUUAUGCGGUAUUCUUUUUGUGUGUGUCAGUAAAAGUAGGGUAAGAAUCCGAAUUAAUGAAAAUAUCCGAGGCAGUUAUCUGUACAUGUGGGAGGAAAAUAUAUGGGAGUUGGAAGGCUAGAACGAUAGACCACACAGCCAGAAAAGCAAACGACUUCUUUGGGACAAAGUGGGACCCGCUACGAAAAAUUUCCGAAAAUUUGCUAAGACCCCGUUUGGCCUAAAAACAUUGCGUGACAAAGGUAGUGCGGGGCAAUUGACGAAAUUAUAUCAACCCUAACGCGUCAAAAUACGUAAAAGAUUCGGGGUUAAGCGUGCUCAAGCCAGAGCAAUUCAGGGAUGGGUGACCCCCUGGGAAGUAAUGCAAAAUUUUGCACAAGUGUAAGUAUGAUUAAUGUAAAUGAGAAUUUGGGGUAACCAAGGAUAAAUAGAAUGUGUGUGGAAUAAUUAGUGCCCUCGCGAGAGCCGCGCGGAACGAGGCGGACUAAAUGGGCAAAAAGGAAAAGAGUAUGACACCGCUUGGGAAAUUGAACGAAUUUGAAUAACAGCCAGAGAUGUUCGCCAGUAAGGUAUGAGUGAGCGUGUGUAUGUGUAUGUGUGUGCGUAUGAUUUUUAUUUUGUGCCUAUGCGGGGUAAGAGCCGAGCCCCGGCAAUUGAUGUUGAGAUAAAUGAAAGGUGAGCAGUGUGAAUGGAUAGAAUCUUUGAAAGAGUUGAUACGUAAGACGCAAGGUAAAUUGUGUAACGACCGAUGAGUGAGUUUGCAAAUAAAGAGGAAAUUCUCAUGAAUUAUUGGAGCCUUAAUGUGAAUGAUUUGAUCCUAAACUGACAAUCUAUCUGUGGUGCUUCUGCAUUUCCGAUUCCGAUGAGGCUCUACCUAGUACACCUCUGUACCUCUGCGUUCGACUAGGUUCCCGUCCGAUGAACCUUUUGUGCGUUUGAUUCUGGAUCCGUUUCUGUCUGGCACACCUCUGUGGGUCUGACUCUGGAUAUACAUCCAUCUGAUAUGCUUCGGUGUGUUUGAUUUUGACCGCGCGUAUGUUUGAUAUGUUUCGGUUUGUCUGAUCACGACUCUGUAUGAAACAAUUCCGUAUCUUUGGUUCUGAUUUUGGGUUUGUUCGAUGUGAGUCCGUACGUCUGACUUCGACUGUGAAUCUGUUUGGUAUAUCUCUGUGUGUCUGAUUCUGCCUACGAAUUCGUUUGAUACGCCUUUGUACGUCUGACUCCGAUCUCAGAUGUGUCUGAUAUGCUUCCGUACCUUCGAUGUUGACUACGAAUCCGUCCGCCAUAGUUGAGUAUGUCUGCCUCCGAUUAUGAAUCCGUCCGGUUUUAGUUCUGAAUUUGUUUGGCAUGAAGUGUCUGAUAUGAAGUAAAGUGAGAUUACGACUAUGUGGUAAGGAAACUCAGGAGUGUGAAAAGAAAAUGAUAUUGACGAUGAUGUUUGGAGAGCGUCCGUCCCUUACAAGAAUAUAGUGCAGAGUUCGGUGAUUACGUAGAGUAUGAGAAAAUGUAUUAUGAAGGUAUUUGAGUCAGUGAUGUGAAAAAUCUACCCUAGUAUUGGUAAAGAAGACAUGUCAGAGAAAUCAAUAAAGGACAACUAUCAAGAGAACCCUCCCGGAGUAGUACGACACCCAUAAGUUCGAUUCAACAUUCGAGGACGAAUGUUCUUAAGGGGGGAGGAAUGUUAUGUCCCGUAUUUUCGUAUAACGGGAAAUCAAGAAAUAAAUAAGACUUGUGUGUAUUGAGGAAAUAAUUUGAUUCAAGUUGCUAUGCUCAUGUUGAUUAUGAAAUCAUUGAUGGCAAGACCUCGGGGAAGGCCGAGGGUAAAUUUGGAAUUUCGGAAAUUAGUUCCGGGAAUUUCUAAGCGGGAUUUUUAAAGAAUUGGACCAAGAAGGUUGGCCCAAGAAUUUAGGCCCAAAGAGACCAUGGUGGCCGGCCCAAAACAUGGCCUAAGAUCCAUCUUAAGUGGUCAUGUGCUUAGCACAUGACCCUUUAUCCAUAUAUAUCCACUUGCCUUUGGAAUUAUCAAGAAAAUAGAUCAAAAAUCAAAGAACACAAAGAAAAGGGGUUUCGGCCACUAGAGAGAAAAAGAAAGAAAAAUAUCCAAGCCUUGUUGUUGUUUCAAAAAUCUUGAGUUUUACAUUGUGGUGAAGUGCUCAAGACGCUCUCCGACGUGAUACAAGUAGUUCGGAGAAAGAGCGACGUUUGCGGCAAGUCGGAAACUCAAGAAAAAGGUAAGAUUUUUAUGUUUUAAUGUUAUGAAAUGGAUAUGUAUGUGUUGGUGAUUGAAUUAGUGUGAAGAUUGUGGGUUGGGGUUGUGUUUGUGCAUGACGUGUGCGUGAAAAAAAAGGGGUAUGUUGGCCGUGAGUUCCAUGUAGUAUAAGACGUGGGAGUUUUAUCUUGUUUAGUUUGAAUAAUGCGUUGUUAUGACAUUUGUAUCGUAAAUGAAGGUUUGGAGAAUUGAAUUGGUGUUAGAAAAUGAUUUCGGACGUUAUCGGAAAAAUGUAUACCUUUGGGAUAUUGGUGUAUAUCAUAGUAUAUUUAUGACACUAAAGACCUUAAAUAAGGUUUAUGGUUGAUGAUAAUGAAUUUGGAAUGAAACGACGCAAGUUAGAACGUUCGUCGUAACUUUUGGUGUUUUUGAAUGAAAAUUGGAAAGUAGUAAACUUUGGGGAUGUUCGUAUGUGAUUUGGAACUUGUAUGUAGUGUGUUUGAAUAAUUGGGAAUGAAUGAAUGAAUGGACUAAUGUGGAAAUAGAUUUGGCAUGUUGAAGUUGAAUCAAUAAUUUUGCCAACUUAUGUAUUAAAGUGCAAUUUUGAAGUUUAUGUAAUAUGAUUGUGGUUUGUAUGGUUAAUGAUGUUUGGGUUGUUGUUGUUGUUGUAUUUUGAGCCGAGCUAAGUCUCGGGGGUGUUAGAUUUAUAGGGGGAGUGCUGCCGAAAUUUCGGUAGCCAAAUAUAGCCCAAAGACUAAAGUGUUGAUUCUCAUGAAUAGUAACUGGUAAAAGUGACCAUUUGCAGUUUCUGGACGAAACGGGAACUGCGAUUUGAGGAGCGUAAGGCGCCAACCAGGUAUGUAAAGCCUACCUCUUAUUCUUUUGGCAUGUCCUAGACCUACUAGGUAAAUUUCGGAAUCUCGGGAAUAACUCUGCUCUCGGAAAUCGAGGUUCAAGUUCGAGCACUAUUCAUUCAGCGCGAUUGAAACCUUUUGGUCCCAUUUGGGUAAAAGAACACUCGUACCUCCAUAACUUGUGCUGUUGAGUCCGAAACUCUUCGAAACUUUUGUAAAUGACUAUAUGAAGCCAAAAACCUGCGACUUGUGUCCGCCGCCUCAAUUUGCCCCGAGGUGGGCCCGCGAGCCCCGAGGCUCCCCUUAUUCGGUUUGUUUGAUUCGUUUGUGUCUGUUUUAAUCUGCGACUGUUUGUUUAUGACCCAAGGAUGCGUUGGAAACUUCCUGUGCCAUUAAUGCACGUUCUGUACUUUGGAUGAUGUGAGAAUUCCGAAAGAGUGACUCAUGAACAGUUUUCUUACGAAUUUGACAGCUCGGAACUUCGUAACCUCUAUAUGCCUACUUUUAUCAAUCCGAUUCCUACUUCGAGCCUCUUGGUGUCAGUGUAUACUUAUAUGUAAAUUAUAUGUUGAGUUCGGUAAAUUAUGUUUGAUAUGCAUAUGGUUUCUGCACUACUCUGUUCGUGCUGUCUGCUAUGAUUUCGUUCGUCGGUACCCGGGCCGACUUUGUGAUCGUGCGCACUAUGUUAUAUUCGGGAGUUAUGAUGUGUUACGGUUUCCGAGGCCUCGCCAUAGGGCCGGUUACCGUUUAUGGAGUUAUGAUGUGAUAUGGCAUUUGAUAUGUUCUGAUGAUAUUAUGUGUGUGUGAUAUGAUGUGUCUGGAGAUUGUACGGAGAUUUGAAAACUUCCGGAGCUAUGAUGUGUUGUGGCACCAGCGUCGGGGGGUGACCACGUUCCUAAACCUUAUACAUGAUUUGAUUUGCAUUUGUACG